AUGGGUGACAUGCUCAAAUGCCUCAAGUGCAACCAAUGGUCGACUGAGAAGCAUUUUGACAAUCAUUGCCUUGAAUGUAUUGUUCCCCACAUUAAAACCAGUCCCUCCCAAGCAAACCAAUCAUCCCCUUCUGGUCCCUCAACUCCUCAUACCCAAAUCCUCCCCAGCCGGAUCCACACCGCUGGCCCAGCUUACUCUGCGGCUCCACAACAUGUUUUGACUUCUCAAGAUACUGGGACUCAUGUUUUCUACCAAGGAAUUGCCAAAGAGCUCCAUGGGGUAAAAAAACCUGAGGCUUCAGCUACCCAAUCUAGCCGUGCCAGUACUUCUCGCACCCCCGAUCCCAAGCAAUCACCUGAAAAGCAGUUUGUGAAAGCCGGUGUCACAGUUUACAUUGAUGAUCAACCACAAAAGAAGACAGGGAUCAUUCCAAAGGUCUUGGAGGUGGAUACCAAGAAGCCCAACUUCUAUGAAGACCUCCGACAUCAUCAAUGA